AGGAGUCCUCUCUACUGCCCUGCAACUACCACCACCACCUCUGCUCCUAAUAAUAAUCAUAAUUUAACAUCCAGAAGUGCUGUUGUCUUAUACACGUGACAAAGAUUUUUAUAUUUAUCUCAAAUUGUAUAUUUUGUUUAAUUAAAAAGCUUGACCAUGGCGGAAUUUGUUGAAAAACGAUGCGAGGAUAUGAUUCCCGAAUUAGAACAGAUGGAAAGAAUGAAGCUGUUCGACAAAAAUGAAAUUCGAGGAAUUGCAAAAAAGUUGAAAGAAUAUGAAUAUAAAAUUCAGCGACACACGAAAACUAAGGAAGAUUAUUUAAGAUAUAUACAGUACGAAAUGGAUCUUCUUAAAUUAAUCAAACAACGCCGAGGAGUAUGUUAUGAGAUUUGA